AUGGGAGUCCAUAAACAAGUUCAUUUCCAUCAGCCGACUUUUUUGGACUAUGGGUCUGUACAUGGUUCUAUACACGGGACUGUCAACGGGACUAUAACUGGUGGAUCAUUCAUUGUUGGAUCAAAAAGAGAAUAUGAAGAGGAUGAUUUUGAAUAUCGAAUCGAGCCAAAUCAAAUAAAACGUACGAGAUCGGAGCGCCAACGAACUCCUGAAGAUCAGAUACGUCCGUCUUUCUUUCCUUUAAGAGUUGAG